AUGGCUAAAGUUGAAAUAUCCGAAACAGGCCGUGGUAAACAAGCAGUUCAAUUUGAAGGAACUCCACAUUCGCACGGUCCAGAUCCAGAAAAACUUGCUGUUGAAAAAUUUGUUGUUGAUAUGAAAAAAAGAUGUGAGCAUCAACUUCCAUACGCUGCUUUUCAAGCAUCUAGUCAAAUUGUCACGGAUCCGCAAAUAGCAGCCGCAAUACCCAGUUUUGAAAGUCUUAGGUCUACAUUAUAUCGACAUAAAGGAAAUAAAAAUGAAUCACCGACACCAACAUCGUGGCGAAAUCUUUGUAUUCCGGAUAAAUAUGGAAAAUUGCGUACAGGAGAAAAUUUCUUACAAAUUCAAAAUUCAGGAUAUGUGCUACUCACAAGAGAACACGGGCUUCGUUUCUUGUUUAAUGCUACAGAAGUCCAUGUUGAUGGCAACUUUAAAGUUGUACCAACGUCACAGGCCGGUGGAACACCUUUUUACAGAAUUAUUCUCAUUUUUCGGUCUAUUCCAUAA